AUGAAGUUCACUCUCCUCGCCCUCGCAUCCGUCGUGCCAAUGGCCGCGGCUCACUUCAAGCUGAUGUACCCCACCUCCCGUGGGUUUGAUGAGGACACCAUGCCCGACUUCCCCUGCGGUGGCAUGAGCCAGUCCUCCAACCGCACCAAGCUCCCAUUGAAGGGUGGCUCUUUCCCCGUUGCUUUGGAGAUGCACCAUGCCCAGACUGCCGUCGAGGUCUUGCUCUCUCUCGGCAGCAACCCCGGCGACAACUACAACAUUGUCCUCACUCCUACUUUCCAGGUCAAUGGACUCGGCGAGUUCUGUCUGCCUCACGUUGCUAUCACUGAGAAACUCAUUGGUCGCAACCUUACCGACGGGAUGAAUGCUACCCUUCAGGUUCAGACCAAUGGCGAUCCUUCGGGUGGUCUUUACGCUUGCGCCGACGUCCAAUUCUCCGCCGAUGUCACUUACGAGAAGCCCUCUGCUUGCAGCAACAACACCAACCUCGCCGCCACUGCCUUCCCUGCUUCGUCUGCUGCCCGCAAUGCCAACGAAUCUACAGGUGAGGGUCAGGCACAGAGUGGUUCUUCCACUACCAACUCUGCCUCCACUUCCACUUCCAAGGGUGCUGCUGUGCCUAUGCAGACUGCUGCUUGGGGUGUUCUCGGUGCCGCUCUGGUCGGAGGUCUGGCUGUUUUGUAA